GCGUACGCAUCGCAGACGACAACCGCGCGGAUUCGCAACAUGCCUCUUGUAAAAUUCGUAUCGGUUCUCCUGCUAGUCAAGGUGUGUCUCUCUGCACCUGUAGACGAACCGAUUCGCAUUGACCUGCCGGUUUACGACCAGCCACAAGCUGGUUCUGGUGUGUUGCAAUCUCAGCCUCUGGACGCUGAAAACUAUCCUGGAGGUGACCAUUUAAACAGUAAUGGGAAUUUUGUUACAUACAAAGUGCAGGCUGCACAGACUCUAUUGGAAAGCACGUUAAACGCAAAGGCUAAUGUUCAUCAAGGUGGACUAUUCGCAGCUCCUGUCACCACGUUGGAAACUGCCCUACAGGAAUCUGAAGGGUUCGGCAGUAAGAAAUUAUCAAUCAAGGAAAAUAUACAAGGUGUCGUGGCCGGAAUAUUUCAGCCGGAGCCUAUAGUGGAUACCAUAAGGGAGGAAGAAAAGUAUGGAAAUUCAGGAGACAAAUUCUAUAGCGCUGGUAAGGCCAUAGUUGGAGGCGCCGAGGGACUUUCGAAUUUUGUCAACUCGGUUCUGGAGGUACCAGGGACAGUUUUCAAGCAGAUUGCAAGAGUCGCCACAGAGAAGCUAAAUAAUCUAGGAGGGAAACUAAUAGGUUUAUAAACAAUAUAACAAAUAAGUUAUUAUAGAGGCUCAAUUGUGCUAUAAUAUUAAUGUAUUCUUAAUUUGCACAACAUAAUUUAAGUAGAUGCUAUUCAUCUUCAUUCAAAUCAAAACUGUAACUAGGAAUUUCGUCAUAGGAUCCCAAAAUACAUUCGCAUCUGGAAAGUUCAACAAAACCUCUAAUUCACUUAAACCAGUAUAGAAUAGAAGGUACCUAUGUGCCUCAUACCAUCGCUUCCUCCUCAGGGGGUAAGUUUUAAUACGGUUCUGGUUGCAUAGUUAUUAUGAAAUAGGUACGACGCGUAGCGUCUGUUUGGGGGGGGGGGAGACUGCUGUUUGAUAUAUUUAUGUAGCCAUUGAUGGAUGGCACGGUGUAUCGGCGUGAGGUAGGGUGUGGUCUAUGAGGGAUGCAGAGAGGUGAAAGGACUGAACUGCGGGGCGGCUGCGGGGUCCGAGGUAGAGAAUACAUCACGAAAUGCAGUGCGCGCGCUUUUAGCUCUCGAAGCUUCUAACUGAAAAUCGAUUGAGGCCCGUGCCCAGUGCAUUCACCCACCCCGUACUACUAUAAAUAAUUGUCACCUAUUAUAUCGCAUUUUUAAUGUAUUCGGCAUAUAAUAACCGUAAUAAUACAAAAUUUAGGUGUUUUUUUAGUAAAACAGUAAAACAUCGUUAAACCAAAUCCACAGGGCAUUAGAAGUGUUAAGGGGCCUCAACCGUAGAUUACCCCUUCAGCCGACCAUUUAGCACACGAUGUACCAAACACCCUGUAGGUAUAUCUAUCUUCGGUCAGAUACGCAUGAAGAUAUUAGAGCCAUUGUUAACAAUGAAAAAACUAUUUAAAAAUCGAAAAUACUUAGUAAACUGGUUCUGGUUCGCCGACUUCAAAUAAGAAAUGACAAAGAAAUGUGUUAUUAAUAGUUUAAUUAUAAAACUAUUAUCACUAUCGCUACAUAGUGAAUUGACGAAUUAAUUAGUAAAAUCGAGGUAGCCUGAACCAUGUAAAUAUUAAUUACAUAAAAAGGGGUUAUUUAGGUGUUAACCUAAUUAUGUUAGGUUAAAAGUGGGUCUAACGGUGCUCCGGCUCGACGUGCAGGAGAAGGAACGGGGUGGUUUUUAGUCAGUAAGAGUCUGACAC